ACAUCCGGUGGGUCGCCCUGGAACCAUCAACCAGAACCAAGCCGUCGCUCUCGAACGGACCAUCCUGCAAUCUGUCCGGCCUUCGCUUGCUUUUUCAUCUCGGCCUUUUAAUUCUCCCUGGGUCCCUUGGUGAUCCAACCUUCCUCUCAACUCCCCUAUUCCCAGGCACUUAUUCCUCCUGGAGACGCAUGUCUUCUCACUGCAUAUCCGCCCAGCACCGUUUUCUCCACGUCCUUGCAUAUCCACUUCCGGGAUCUCUGUUGACGCCUCGAAACGCCUCCAUGUCGUUGCCCCUGCGCUAGCCGUCUCCUCCCGGCCUCCUACGUCAGACCCCCCUGCGAUCGCUAACGAUUCCUUCGCUCUCUACAAUAUUUUUUUUUUUGGCCAGCUCAUCAAGGCGCAAUGUUUCCCUCCCGAACUAUCGUACGAGCGCGUGCUCUACUCUUUGCGCUAAUCAUCGUAUCCACCCUCGUGUGGUCCUAUUCGCGCUGGCACAACUAUCCUCUCCCCGAGCAAGCCCAGAUCGUACGGCCUGUCUCCAAUGAUAGACAUACGGAAGGACACAUUCAAUUUUGGCGCCAAUUCCAACCUCUUCUGACCGCCAAUGAGCCGAAAUGUGAGCCGCCUUUGAGACUGGGAUCGGCGCCUUCGAUCAGAUUCGAGCAGUCGAACCCCGAGGAUCGGCCGGAGCUGCUGGACAUGCUCCCGUUCGACGUGGAAACUAUGAAGAAUAAGCACCGCGACUUUGUGACGGCAAUCAACACCAACCCACCUCAACUCAACUACACGCGCAACACGCGAGGCCUGGUUUCCACUGCGGGAGGGUCAUACCUACCGGUGCUGGUCAUCUCGCUUCGAAUGCUUCGCAGAACCGGUUCCAUGUUGCCCGUCGAAGUCUUCCUCGCAGAUGAGGAAGAGUAUGAGAAGCACAUCUGUGAUGUGGUCCUCCCAUCGUUGAACGCACGAUGUGUGGUGUUGUCGGAAAUACUUGAUGCUGUCUCGGGAGACAUGGAAAUCGAGAAAUACCAGUUCAAGCUAUUUGCCAUGUUGUUCUCUUCGUUUGAGGAGAUCCUGUUCUUGGAUGCUGAUGCAUUCCCGCUCCAGCCACCGGAAUUGUUAUUCACGAGUGGACCUUUUGUCUCAACCAAUAUGGUCACCUGGCCCGAUUUCUGGGCAUCUACUGUGUCGUCAUACUAUUACGAGAUCGCCUCUCAACCUUAUCCCGAAAAUGCUGUCCGGCAGUCCAGCGAAUCCGGGGAGGUCCUCCUGUCGAAGAAGACGCACAUGAAAACUCUCCUUCUGAGCACCUACUACAACAUCUGGGGUCCCGAUUUCUAUUAUCCCUUGCUAUCUCAAGGCGCAGCCGGGGAAGGCGACAAAGAAACCUUUGUCGCCGCCGCCAUGACGCUCCAGGAACCAUACUACCAGGUCUCGGAACCGAUCUGCGCCAUCGGCCACGGCACCGACGGCGGUCUGGCCGGUUCAGCCAUGGUCCAGUUCGACCCGAUCGAGGACUACGCUCUGACCCAGAAGGGCGAAUGGCGGAUACAUGGGUCCAAGGCGCCAGCUCCCCGAGCCUUCUUCAUCCACGCCAACUUUCCCAAAUUCAACCCGGCCACCGUGUUCGAUAAGCAAGCCGUGAACCCGGCUUUUGCGGAUGACGGUAGCUACACGCGCGCGUGGACCAUCCCCGACAACGUGAUCCGGGCCUUCGGCACGGACGUCGAGAAGCAGUUCUGGGAGGAGAUCCUCUGGACCGCGUGCGAACUCGAAGACAAGUUUAGCACUUGGAAAGGCAAAAAGGGCAUUUGCAAGGGGGUGACGAGAUACUGGAAUGCCAUGUUCGGAAUUGGGCAUGCUCGGUGAACUGACAUCGGUUUCCCGUCUUUAUCACCAAAGCGCUGGUCGGAUCCCUAGCAGCCUUGUUAGCAGCCCUGGAUAGCGUUUGCUGUUCGCUUGAGACGAUCUACCACAUGGGUUGCUAUGAAAGCUUUUUCCCAUGCCUCGUCCAUCGGCAUACGAUCCG